UUCAAUGGAAGAACGAAGACAUCCUCAUUUAGAAGUUGCUCAGCACUUCCUAGAAAUAUUCAGCCUGUAGAUUAGCCUAGCCCCUUCUGACCUACAGGUAUCUCUAGCUCACUCAAACAUACACUUCUCUCACUUUCAUUCCUGUGCAUUGCUAACUCCAGAGAUAUUGCACCAUCAGGCUGUUUAUGCUCGAGAUGAAUCCCUUAAAGUGCCUGCCCAACUGGUUUUACUAGCACCACUUCUUUUGGGGCCCACAGUGGUGCCUUCACAGGCUGAAGGCUUUAGGGCUGUGGCCAGUGCGUGUUUUUCUGCUCUCUUGGAAGUGGGUGCAUUCGGUUUCACAUCACCAAUGGCCAAGGCUAAUGCCAGGCGUGCAGCAGAAAUGAAAAGUCACGUGCAGCAGCUUAAUCUGUCUCAGUCAAAAAGGAGGACAAAGGUCCCGCCACAGCUUUUACUAUGCAGCAAAACUUACUAGUGGCAACUUUCACACAAAGGAACUUGGCAAGGAGCAGGCUGGUGCGUUUGGAGAGGCGGCGAGAACCCACGGUAGAGGAGGAGGGGCCCUGCUGCUGGCAGCAGCCAUCAAGGUGCCCAGCGAGAGGCAGGUUGGGAAUACUGCCCACCCAGAGCUCUAUUUCCCCACCCAGCACAGGAGCAAUUAGAAAGGCAGACUCAGGAAGCUCUGCAGCCGGAGAGCUCUGGCGGGGAGACUGGCGUCAGAGUCUCAACGGGACAGGGAACCACUUCUCCACACCCCAGCAGCACGGAGAGCCUCGAUCAUGCCUUAAAGGGAGAGGAAUGUCUCGCGGGGAGCAGAUCUUGGGGAUGGUGAAGCCUGCAGGAGACAUCAUGGCCAGGAUGCAGAGGGAAGAGAGUCUGGAGGUAUCAAAGGGCACUGAGCCACGUGUAUUGCCAGAGGCCUCCCAGCCUCAAGCAGAAGCGCUUAUUGACAGCCAGACGCCCAACCCCACAGUCCAGGUAUUAUCAUCCUCUUCAUCAUCAUCAGCAGCAGGGAACAUGAAUCUCUGCCAGUCACAGAAGAGGGACCUGACCAGGAGCCUGGGCUGGAGUAGUAGAGGUUCCGGUAACUGGGAUGUGAGCUCUGAUACGGCCAGGCUCUCCAUAGGCCGGGGCAGCGCGCGGCGGAGGGGCCUGAAGGAGGUCCUGCUGCAGAGCAGUGGAGCCGAGCGAGCCAUGUGGCUUGCAGCUGCUCAGAAGAUAGCCAGCAGCAGCAGCCCUGCUGUGGGGAUGCACCAAGAGCUGGAGCAGAAGUUGGAACAGAGCCCUGAGGACUUGUCCUUAGCCCUAGACCCCCUCGAGCAUGAGUGGAUGCUGACUGUGGCCCAGGGGGACCCUGAGAGCAUCAUGAGAUUGCUAGACAUGGAUCCCAGUCUGCUGAACAGGAGAGAUUUUGUGACAGGGUUCACUGCCCUCCACUGGCUGGCCAAGCAUGGCCACCAUGAGGCCCUGAUCGAGAUGAUCACCUGUGCAGAGAAGAAGGGCUACCAUGCAGAUGUCAACAUUCCCACAGCCAGUGGUGGGCUGACCCCCCUGCAUCUGGCUGCCCUGCAGGGACACGAGAUGGUCAUCAAGGUGUUGGUGGGAGCCUACGGUGCCAACACGAGCCUGCGGGACCACAGCGGCCACAAAGCCUGGCAGUACCUGAAAGCAGGUGCCUCCAGGGAGCUGAAGGAGCUGUCAGGGGCUUUAGAGGAAGACCUGGCCCAGCUUGGGGUGUGGAACACCAACAACAACUGCAAGUCGUCCAGACAGGCUGGUGGCUCUGUUGCUGAACAGAGGACCCAGGUGUUCACCAGACUGCCAUCCUUCAGGAGCAUGUUCAGACAGGCACUUUCAUUCUUCCAAGACCUUUAAAUUGUCCUUUGUGGCUAAGACUCAGCUUGAUGUUGCCUGUGAACUAGUUUUAAAGAGCAGCUUGGUUGGGGCUGGGGAGCAGGGAAGGAGAGCAGGGGAUUGCAGUGGGAUGACAAGGAUUGGUACAGGAGACUUGCUGAGCCCGGACUAACAAAUGGCCGCUGGUGCACUGAGAUUACUCAAGAGCCAUUGGCUAAGGCUUCUGAAAACCUGCGCAGGCUUGGGUCUUGCCCAUAGAUAUUUGUGCACCACUCCCCUGGCAGGCCACUGUUUAGCAAUUGUGCACACAUAGCUAGGGGGCAGGAUUUGCCCUGCAGUAACUAUUCUGCUUGUACAAUGGAAGUCUCUUACCAAAACAUUUCUCCUGCUGCUGAACCUCUCCAGCAUGAAUGGAGACCCAGAAGUGCAGCCUGCCAACCCCAGCCCUCAUGCAAGUGCCCCGCACUGGCCCCUUUACUCAGGUUUUGCACAGGUGGCCAGGACAUGGUCCUAGAAGCAGAGCAUCGGGAUAAGCAGGCUCCUCUGCUUCGUUUACUUUGUUUCCCUGCCUGCUCCAGCACUGUAACUGAGAAUGGCAAUAUGGCAAGAGGUGCUAG